ACACGCUUUGUCUGUGUCAGGUGUCAUUGGAGUUCACACCUUCUUCAACUGUCCCAGGAGAAAAAACCAACAUGGAGGUGACGGCGCUUCCACACUCUUUGUGUGGUUUAAGUGCCAUUGACAAGAGUGUCCUCAUCAAAGAGCCUGAGAAUAUCCUGCAUGCAGAUAAGAUAUUUAACUUGCUGCCUGUCAUGAAAGCAUCUUUUUUCCCAUAUCGGCUACGAGAACCAAGAAAAUGCUUGAAAGUGAGAACAAGAAGAUAUUGUUCACCUAAAGGAGAUAAUGAAGCCUACAUUGCUUUUCAGAGAGUAGGAUUAAAGGUGGCAACAAACCUGCUGCUCGAAAUUCCUUCAUGUCUGAGUUUCAUGGGAAGAGAAUACCAGUUCAUGCCCUUAGCGGGUUCAAGUUACUCUGGAGGAUCUUUAGGUCCAUCAGAAGGGCCGAUGAAAACUGUCCGUGCUUUCUUCCCCGAGACUUGGAUUUGGGACCUGGUGGAAGUUGGAGAGUCUGGAUCAAAGGAUGUGUCCCUCACUGUCCCUGACACCAUCACGACCUGGGAGACGGAGGCUUUCUGCUUGUCCUCUCAGGGUUUUGGUUUGGCUCCUCGUCAAGAAGUUGAGGUCUUCCAGCCCUUCUUCCUCGAGCUCACUAUGCCCUACUCCAUCAUCCGCGGGGAGCACUUUGAACUGAAGGCAACUGUCUUCAGCUACCUGACCAGCUGCAUCAUGGUCACAGUCUUUUCUACGCCUUCCUCAGAUUAUACCCUCACCCCUCUUUCCGGUGAGCAGUACACAUCCUGUUUGUGUGCUAAGGAGCGCAAGACUGUGAGCUGGACCAUGAUUCCAACAGUUUUAGGGGCUGUGAAUGUCACCGUGUCUGCUGAGGCAGUGCCAUCCCAUGUUUCAUGUGAUAAUGAGGUUGUGAGAGUACCAGAGAGAGGCCGCAUUGAUGUGGUCACAAAAUCCUUCAUAGUAAAGGCUGAGGGGACUGAGAUGACAAAGACAUCCAACUGGCUGCUUUGUCCAAAAGGAGACACACUGACAGAGGAAACUGAGAUACAGCUGCCUGAGAAUAUGAUUGAAGGAUCUGCCCGCACUUUUGUAUCAGUCCUGGGUGACAUCCUCGGCCGGGCUCUGAAGAACUUGGAUGGACUGCUCCGGAUGCCAUAUGGAUGUGGAGAGCAGAACAUGGCUCUUCUAGCCCCCAACAUCUACAUCCUCCAGUACCUGAAAGGCACACAGCAGCUCACCCCAGCCAUCAUGGAAAAAGCUGCGAACUUCCUGACCAGUGGUUACCAAAGACAGCUGAACUACAAAAGUGAUGAAGGCGCAUACACCACAUUUGGAAGAGGACCAGGAAACACUUGGCUGACUGCUUUUGUGAUGAGAAGUUUUGCCAAAGCUCAGUCUUUUGUCUACAUUGAUCCAAAAAUCAUUCAAGAAUCUAAGACAUGGCUGGAAAAUAAACAACAAACAAAUGGCUGUUUUAAAAAGUCAGGCAAACUCUUCAACAACAGAAUGAAGGGUGGUGUGUCUGAUGAAGUGACUCUCAGUGCAUACAUCACUGCUGCUUUCUUGGAAAUGAAUAUAUCCCAACAUGAUCCUGUGAUGAACAAGAGCCUGGCUUGUCUCAAGGAGUCUCUCAGUGACCUGAGCAACACCUACACUACAGCUCUGCUGGCCUAUGUGUUCACUCUGGCAGGAGACGUGGAGACCCGAGCUCACCUUCUGCAGCACUUAGACACAGUUGCAGUGAGGGAAGGAGGUUUCCUCUACUGGUCUCAGACAGCAGCAGAAACAUCAGCCUCCCUGUCAGUGGAGAUCAGUUCUUAUGUGCUGUUGGCCAAACUCAGCGCCUCCCGACUGCUGGAUCUGGGAUAUGCCUCUGGUAUUAUCAGGUGGCUGACUGGGCAGCAGAAUUAUUACGGAGGCUUCUCCUCCACUCAGGACACAGUGGUGGCUCUUCAGGCUCUGGCUCUCUACUCCACUCUGGUGUUCAGUCCUGAGGGUUCAAGCACAGUGACAGUUCAGUCUGACAGCAGUCAGCUGACAUUUGAUGUAAAUCCGGGCAACAAACUGCUCUACCAGGAGGAGACGAUGCAGGGCGUGUCAGGAAAAUACAGCCUGGAGGUGAAGGGCACUGCAUGUGUGUCGGUGCAGAUUUCUGUUCACUACAACAUCCCGAGUCCCACUGAUGUCACUACUCUCAGCGUGGAGGUCAAAUCAGAGGUUGAUGCAACAAGUGAAUCCAGACGCAAGCUCACUCUGACAAUAAAAUCCCUGUACAGUGGAAAGGAGAAUACUACCAACAUGGUGAUCCUGGAUAUCAAAAUGCUCUCUGGAUUUGUCCCAAAUGCAGUGUCUUUAAAGAUGCUCGAAGGUGCCCCAUUGGUGGAUCGUGUUGAACAAACAGAAGAUCAUGUUCUGGUGUAUUUACAGGAGUUGCCAAAGGACAUGCCCAUGAACUACAGCUUGACAGUCAUAGAAGAACUUCGAGUGGAGAACCUGAAACCAGCCAUGAUCAAAAUCUAUGACUACUACCAGCCAAGUGACCAGGCUGAGACUGAAUACAUUUACCCAUCAGCUGCAGCUUAAAGAUGUGCAGUCAGUCCUGAGGUUGUCACGCAAGUUAUUCAACUUGCAUUUUAAUAAAGAUGCUUUUUAAACACAAA